UAACACGCUCUAUUUCUUAUCAGCUGUCCUAUAAAAUGAAAUUUUCUAUCGGAGAAUCUUCUCAUUUCUUCUAGCAAUACAUAAGGUUAUGUUUUGCGUAGUUUCGUGAUGCAAAUCGAUGAUAGAAACAUGCGCACGAUCUACAGUCGACUACAGUGUUCAGAAUGUCGACGGAGAGAGACUGGCAGUUCAUAGAGUUCAGUCACAUUUCCCUUUGUGGCCUUUUGCCACCGUUUAUAUCAUUUAGUUCGUUCCCUCCAUGCGAGCCCGGUUGAUUUAAUAAAUCUCAACGAGAUCCUGCAUUCCAUUUACAAAGGAAAAUUACAUCUAACGUCAUAGUUUCAUACGUGGCAGUCUGGCAGUUCGACGCGCGAGGAAUGCGAGGUUUGUGCGAUUACUGCGAUUACAGUAUUAAUAAUCGGUCUUUUUUAUUACGAUCGACGUAAACAUUUCUUUUCCCUCUUUCUCCUUCGAUGAAAAGAACUGGAUCAAAGAAGAGAUUUAUGUAUAUAUGCUUUUGUGAAUGAAUUACAGAUCGUUUUUAUCACGGAAAGAUCAAGUUAUCAGAGAGAUACUUAAAAAUUACUAUAAAUCACGUCUGACGAGAUAACAAUUGAGUUAUAAAUAUAAGUAUCACAACGGCUUCAUUAGGCUUAUUUCUUAAUAUUUCAAUGUUGCUCACCUAUUUGUUACAUUCUUUUAAUGAGAAAUAUCUGUUUUAAAAGAUUUAAAUCGCACGCAUUGGUACAAACGUUCCGUUAAAAUACCCUUUAAAUUAACAUAAGUAUUAAUUUCAAUAAUAUCGCAGUAUUUAAAUCUAGUAUUUAAUAUUCCCGAUCAGAUUUCAGUAUUUCGAAAGUAUUGUCGAGUUUCGUAAAUUAAUUUAUUAAUAAAUACGAAAGUAGAAGAAAUCAAGAUCAUGAGUCAAACUAAAAACAAUGUUAAUUUGAGCGACGUGAGUGACAAGUUCACGAAAGAGGUGCUAGUAGACGUUCUUCGUAAAGUAUAUGACGGGAAGAAGGUGCAGUUGACAGAUUGGAAUUUUGGCGAGGGAUUUGCCAAGGGUGAUAGCUACUUGUCAACUGUUAACAAGGGUAUCCUGCAUGGUAUUGUGGACGGGCAACAAGUGCAAGUUAAUUUCGUCGUAAAAUCAAUUCCCAAAAAUGUUGGCAGGAGAAAGACUUUCAGGAGCGAAGAUUUUUUCAGUAACGAAAUCAUGUUCUAUACAAAGAUUAUCCCUAAGGUUGAAAAAUUCUUAGCAGAGAGAGGACAGAGCAAUUUGCUGCGCAUACCACGUUACUUGGCUUCUUACGUGGAUGGUGAAAAUGAUUUUAUAGUCUUAGAAGAUGUCUCUCCCCUAGGAUUUGGACCAGCGUCCAGGCAAAGCUGCCUGGACUGGGCGGAAUGUACAGUAAUCUUAGAAGCUUUGGCGAAAUUUCACGCAAUUUCAUUUGCAUACAGAGACCAACGAAAAGAAGAAUUCGUAGAAAUAACAAGCUAUUUAAAAGAAACCUACUUUGGUAAUCAUAACUGGAACUGGUACCAAAGAUUUCAUAAAAAGCUAGUUGAUAUAGCAAAACAUGCGUUAAUGACGGAAUAUCCUAACAGUAAAGCUGAAAAGCAAUUUAAUUCCUAUGAAUUUGGUACACUCUACGACAAGUGUACAGAAUUGUGUGAAGGAGAUGCCCCGACGUUUGUUAUAGCCGCGGGUGACUGUUGGGCCCCAAACUUUCUAGUCCGAGACAUUGGACAAAAUAAAAAAGAAGCACUAGUGCUGGAUUUUCAACUUGCACGUUGCGCUAGUCCUAUCACAGAUCUAUCCUUUUUAGUUUAUUCUUGCACUCAGAAGCCAUUUCGAGAUGAGUAUUAUAAUGACAUAUUGAAAGUUUAUCAUUCCGAAUUAAGCAGCGCCAUUAAAUCUCUUGGAUCUGAACCAGAAAAGAUUUAUCCGUGGGAUUUAUUUAUGAAAGAUGUGAAGAAAAAUUCCAUAUUUGGAUUAGUGUUCGCUCUGGAAGCUAUCCCAUUUUGUCUAUUGGACCCAUCACAAUCAUUUGAUUUAGAUGCUAUUAUCAAGGGCAACGAGACAGUAAAUAUUGCUGAUGUAUGGACAUUAUACAAUAUUAAAACAUCAAGUGGAAGACAAAGAUUAGCAGACGUAAUUGUUCAUGCAGUUGAGAAUGGUUAUUUAUGAAAAAAGGAUAUUAUUUAUAUGUAAUUCAUCUUUCUGCGUUAUAGAAAUUAUAAAG